GACCUUGAUCCAGCCUUGACACUGCGUUACUGCCAUACACACCGCCAUAAGCAGAUCCGGUCUCUUUCGAUUUCAUUUCCCGGAAGGAUAGCCUACAAAAAAACAUGCGAUCCAGCUAGAAUGCGCUGUUGCAGAAUGUGCAUGUAGCGUGUGUCUUGUAGUUUUACAAAUUCGAGUUGGAUGUAGGAAAUGGUGAAAUGUAUCACUAAAAGUCAAAAUAACUAAUAUUGUUGUAUUAGAUUUACUUUAAUCUAGUGUAGCCUAACCUAAUCUACCCAACCUCUGGAAUAUGAGUGACGGUUCCUCACCGCCACCUUCACUCCAGCAAGAGUGUAGAGGAAACGGAGCACAAAUGCACGGCAGUUCAAACAUUGCGAGCCCCAUGCGUGGCUCAGAUGAGGAACUUUGUACACUCCCUGGAAGACUCAGGAUAAAUCCAUCACUAUGGGAUAAGAAUGAUGUGAGCCAUUGGUUACGCUGGGCUCAGAAGGAGUAUUCCCUUCGUAAGACGGAUCAGGAGAAGUUUGAGAUGAAUGGCAAAGCUUUGUGCCUCCUCACCAAAGAAGACUUUCGUUUGCGUAGCCCCAGUUCAGGUGAUGUCUUGUAUGAGCUCCUUCAGUACGUGAAACAGCAGCGCAGGGGAGCGCUGUCUGCCACUGGCUCUGAAAUCCUCAACUGUCCCACAGGUCCGUCCAGUCAGCCACUGAGGGCUCAUACACAGACAAGCAGUUACAUAGCCCCUCUAAUCUCAAGCAGGUCUGUUCCUAUUUGCCCAGUAAACCCCCACUCUAGAGCAGUAGGUGUGUCCCCGUCUAACCACUACCUGGAUGCUGGCGACGCCUCCUCUUUUCCAUACACCAACCCUGCGCAGCAGGUUCAGCCAGACUUCCAAGGAGGUCUCCAGUUUGCCCCGGGAGAGAUUAAGUUCCUGACCACUGAGCACCAGACAGAGGAAAUAGACCCUGCUGGCAGAGAGGAACCUCUGAAUCUGUCCAAUAGGACAGAUCAACCAGUCAUUGCUUCACAACCCGCAGAAGCCAAUGGAAAGAUAGCAGAUUGCAGAUUCCUAUGGGAUUAUGUUUACCAGUUGCUCUCAGACAGUCGGUAUGAGAGCUUCAUAAAGUGGGAUGAUCCACACACCAUGGUUUUUAGGAUAGUAGAUCCCAAUGGGCUCGCCCGACUAUGGGGGAAUCAAAAGAAUAGGGUCAAUAUGACCUAUGAGAAAAUGUCAAGGGCCCUUCGACAUUACUACAAACUUAAUAUCAUCAAAAAAGAAGCUGGACAAAAACUUCUUUUCAGAUUCCUCAAGACCCCACAGGAGAUCCUGCAGAGCCGAGUGGACAAGGCGGAGUCUCCAGAGACCCCUUCCUCUCCUGACUAUUUGGGGGAUAAUCUGGAGAUCUCCCUGGAUUCAGUCUCCGACCCACCUACUCCCAGCUGAGACUGAUGCCCUUCAUAUUAGCACACCCUCAUAUCCCAGCUGAUGAUUGCUGCAAGAAUCUUAAAGGGGCUCUGUGUGAGAAGAAAUUACGCUUUGAUCAUUUGAACUGUUAUUAACACAAAUAAUUUGAUUAGCCUGUAUCCACUUUCAUUACUGCCAGAAACAGGCCAUCCCUCUGGAAAAGUCAGACUUCAUCUCACUUCGUAUUGAGUACUGAAUUCAAUGCAAGUUAAUGGAAGAUUGUCUGCCAUCACUGCAUUCAAGACAACUUGAGACCUACAGAAUUCUACACGUACCCCUUUUAUAUUAAAAUAUUUUUCAUUUGCUGAGAUUGAAUAUGAGAGAACUGUUUUUAUUUUUAUCUUAAUUUAUUUUAUUUCAUUUUGUUGGAUGUCAUAGCAUUAAUCUCAGGGUUGUGUUGUGAGCGGGCAUGCCUUACUUUGCUCUCUGCUGUUUAGCUAAAAAGCACUAGCUAUAAAGCCACUAAUGUAUGUCUUCAGAUCUCACUCACACUGGCUUUGCCUGGAGCCCAAAUUAACAGCAUGCUCACAAAUUGUCUUCUUGUUUUUUGCUGCUUCGGUUCUUUUGUUGGUCAUUCAGGCUACUGGCAUGGUGUACUGUGAAGUAAGGCCUUUGCAGCGUUUACAAUGUGUGGCGCAUUUGUGACGGCUGCCAGCCAAUUGUGAAUUGCUGUUGUAUCCUGUCAUGUUGUGUAAUGUUAAAUUGGUUUGGUGUUCAAUCGGACACUGUGGGAAUUUCCUACCUAUAGCACAUGGAAUUCUUGAGUAUGUACAGUAUAGCCUAUCUGAAAAAGGACAUUUUAAAAAUCAUCUUGAUGACAAAAUCUUAACCUUCACUAGAGGUCCUGGAAAUAUUCUGGGAGAUGUCUAAUAUGAUUUUGAGGUAUUCUAAAUGCACUUAAGAUAUUUUUCUUAUAUGGUAAGACUAAAGCUUUAUUUUUCAUACUUUGUGAACAGAAUGUAAAAGAUGUAACAUUAACUGUACAGAUAGAAGUGCAUGUAUAUAGUGCAAUGCAAUAAGAAUAAAUUCUCUAAACUCCA